AUGUCUGCAGUGAUGGAACCAAAUGUGAGCAUGUCGGAUGCUGUCUCAUAUGCUUUUACUAUACUCCGUGAUAUGAAAGAAGACGGAAACAUUCCUAGCUGUGACUACUAUGAGAGACUACAGCGGACUAGGGCAUGUGUGGGAAGAAUGAGAGAAGCUAGCAAAGCUAAUAUAGCUGCGAACAAUAAUGGAAGCAAAACGCCAGAGCAGAUGUUUGACGAUACGGGGGGGGGGGGAGGGGGGGAUUGUUUCUUGUCAGAUAAUGUCUUUGUUUGGCCGGACGGUAUGCUCUCCGGGGAUCAUUCUUUAAGAGAUGUUGCGUUAGAGCUAGGAGAUGAGUUUUUGCUUGAACAGAUGUGA